CCAAAGCUGAAAUCAUCGAAAAUCUCUGGAAAAUAAAAAAAAAGAAAACCCUGAAAAAUGGUGUGGGAUACUCAGGAGUGCAGCAAUCAAGAUGACGAUUUCGAACGGCCCAGCAGGACACUGAUUUUGGUAAUCUUCACCCUCGCCGUGUUUCUCAAGUUGUUCAUCAUUCUGUUGGAGAUUAUGUCCUGAAGGAAUUACCUGCAAUGAAAGAAGGGAAAAGGUCGUAAUUAGUUGCUGUUUUCUUUCAUUUUCCCCAUUUACAAAGAUACGUGUAAACAAAGAACUAUAAAAAACCGAUUCAGUGGGAUCAAAUGUUGAA